AUGCUCGAACCUCGGUGUCGGUAUUUACUUACUUUCUUCCUAUAUGACAUCUAUCUAUCUAUCUAUCUAUCUAUCUAUCUAAGUUCAUCAUUUUCACUCUUUCUUUUUGCCUUUCAUUUAUUUCUUCUUCUUUUCAAAUUUUUCCUUCCAUUACUUUAUUCUUUUUCUCGCUUUCUUUUUUCUUUCUUUCAUUCUUUUUCUUCAUCUUAUUUUUUAUUCUCCUUUAUUUAUUCUUUUCAGAAUUUUUUUUUCCAUAUUCUUCUUCACUUUAUGAUUUCUCACUCAUUUCUUCCCCCCACCACAUUAUUUCUUCUUCUUCUUCUUCUUCUUCUUCUUCUUCUUCUUCUUCUUCUUCUUCUUCUUCUUCUUCUUUUCAAAUUUAAAUCUCUUCUUCUUCACCUUAUUUCUUUUCCUUUAUUAUUUUCUCGUUAUUUCGUCUUUUUCUUCUCCUCUUCUUCUCCUCCUCCUCCUCAUCUUCUCUUCUCCUCUUCCUCCUUCUCCUCCGACUACUACUUUCUUAAUGCCCUAUUCGUUAUUUUUAAAAUUCUUCAUCUUUUCUUCUCUUUCAUACAAAACGCUUCCCCUCUUCUUCUUCUUCUUCUUCUUCUUCUACUACUACUACUACUACUACUAGUCAUUAUUUUUUUCCAUUCUCUUUUUAUUUCCUCUUCCUUCUUCCUACCCUUUCCCCCCGAAUCCUCUUUUGCCGCCUUUCUUUCUUUCUGUCGUCCCUGGAGUUUUGGGCUGCGCGUCAGCUGGUCGAAGACCGAGUCCGAAGCACGUGGGAGACGGCCACGGUCCACCACUCACCGUCAUCGACAACGACCCGUUCGAGUUCGUCACGUCUUUUCGUCUACCUGGGAUCAGAAGUUUCCAACACCGAUAACCUCCUCACGAGGAUCAACAGAAGACGCGGGCUGGUUGCUGGCCUCUCAUGACGCGACUCAACGCCGUCUUCUCUGUGUUACUAUACAGAGCCGAUACCUAGCCGUUCAAUAUGACCCUUGCCUCGGAGAUCUAUAG